AUGAACUUGCGCGAAUCACUUUUACGUGGUAUUUAUUGUUUUGGUUUCGAAAGACCAUCUGCUAUUCAGCAGCGCGCAAUUAAGCCGUGUAUUUUAGGGCACGAUAUAAUUGCCCAGGCACAAUCGGGUACGGGAAAGACGGCUACAUUCACUAUUUCGAUUUUACAACGAAUCGCCAUGGAAUUUAAAGAUUGUCAAGCACUCAUUUUGGCUCCUACACGAGAAUUGGCUCAACAGAUCCAAAAAGUGGUGUUAGCACUUGGCGAUUACAUGAACAUUACAUGCCAUGCUUGUAUCGGUGGUAACAGGGUUAAUGACGACAUCAGACGACUUGAAUCAGGCGUACAAGUUGUUGUGGGAACACCUGGUCGUGUCUAUGAUAUGCUUCAAAGAAGGGUUCUUCAAAGCAAGAAUAUCAAAAUUCUUGUCUUGGAUGAAGCUGAUGAAAUGCUUAAAGAAGGAUUCAAAGAACAAAUUUACAACAUCUUCAUGUUAAUGCCGGAAAAUAUUCAGACUAUUCUUCUAUCGGCUACUAUGCCUAGCGACAUUCUCGAAGUUACAACUAAAUUCAUGACUGAUCCGAUUAAAAUUCUCGUCAAAAAAGAAGAAUUGACACUUGAUGGUAUUCAGCAAUUUUACAUCGAUGUUCACCGUGAAGUAAGUGUUCAAUAG